UUUUUUAAUAAAUGUUUCGGCAACACUUUUUGGCUGCGAGUUUGACAAAAUUUAAGUUUAUUUGUUUUGGAAAUCAAAAUCGUUUUUAUUAUUUUAACAGUUAAUUUUAAAACCAAAAACCCGAAAUACAUGGCGUUUUAUGGUCAACAGCCAGGUUACGGCGCUCCCCAACUUGAUCCAACUGUGGUGGCUUGGUUCCAUUCUGUAGACGCCGACAGAAGUGGUCACAUAUCUGCCGGGGAAUUACAACAAGCGUUGACUAAUAACGACUGGUCCAGGUUCAAACUGGAGACAUGUUACCAGAUGAUUUCCAUGUUUGAUCGGAAUUACUCUGGCACGAUCGACAUCCAUGAAUUUAGUUCCUUAUGGGGAUUCAUCAACCAGUGGCGACAAGUAUUCAUGGCGUACGACCAGGAUCGGUCCGGCUACAUCAGUGAAAACGAGCUACAUACAGCUUUCACUAGAAUGGGUUUCAAUGUGACAUCACAAUUCACACGAACAGCAAUGUGGAAGUAUGACGUUUACAAUCGACAACAAUUAACUUUUGAAGAUUUUAUAAAUUGUUCGGUGUUGAUUCAGUCGUUGACGGGCCAAUUCAAGCAGCGUGACGCCCAGAUGCGCGGGAACGCACAAAUAAGUUACGACGACUUCAUGUGCGUUGCAGUCAAUAAUAUUAAACCUUGAAUUAUUGCAAAACAAAUCUAAUUUAGUUCAAUAUGUAUAUAAGUGUCGUAUUUAACAAUUGUGUCACAAUAUAUGAAAUAAAAACAAGAAACAUUAUGACAUC